GCAUGGCCAUGUACGAAUAGCUUCCUGCCUGAAAACGUAGCCAGGAUGUCUGUUCCCAACAACGAAGACGCAGCCGCCAGAGACAAUGCUGCCGAACCGCUAUUUGCUGAAAGCCUGGCGGGCGAACUCGAUGAGAGUCUUGUAGCAUCGCCCGGACCGUUCGUGUGGUCGUUGACCAUGUGCGCAGGCGUCAGUGGCCUUUUAUUUGGCUACGACACUGGUGUCAUAUCUUCGACUCUGGUAUCUAUUGGCACAGACCUCUCCUCCAGACACCUCACCACGAUGGACAAGUCCCUGAUCGCCAGCUGCACAUCUCUGUUUGCCUUCUUGAUCUCCCCCUUGACAGGUCUCUUCGCCGACCAGCUGGGGCGUAAACCAGUGAUACUGGUUGCUGGCAUCCUGUUCAUUUUGGGCGCCUUGAUCCAGGCCUUGACGGCCAGUGUCGGAGGCAUGAUCGUUGGCCGAAGCAUCGUUGGAGCGGCAGUAGGCGGUGCCAGCUGCAUAGCACCACUAUAUAUCGGCGAAUUGAGCCCUAGCCCGUUCCGCGGAAGAAUGGUCGUCAUCAGUGUUCUUUUCAUAUCAACCGGCCAGGUUCUAGCGUACGUGGUCGGUUGGGCUCUAUCAGAAACGCAAAGCGGUUGGAGGUGGAUGGUCGGCUUGGGUGCGGUUCCGGCAGUCGUCCAGAUCGGCCUGUUGACUCUCCUGCCAGAAACUCCGAGGUGGUUAAUGAAAGCUAAUAAAGUCUCCAAGGCCAAGGAGGUGCUGGGAAGGGUUUACGGCACCAAUAAGGAGACCUUGGUGAGGGCCAUAAUGAGAAGAGUUGAGAGGGAGAUAUACGAGGAAGAGAACGUGACCAGCCACCGUGGAAUCUCAGGACCAGAAACAAGAGGAUGGAAGUGCAAGGUUUUGGCGAUCAGACAUACAUUCACUCAGUUGACAACUGUCGGUGGCAAUAGGAGGGCGCUAAUCAUUGCCUGCUUUUUGCAAGGGUUUCAACAGCUUUCCGGAUUCAACUCGCUGAUGUAUUUCUCCGCCACCAUAUUCGCUAUGGUCGGUUUUCAAUCCCCAACUCUGACGUCGCUUUCUAUUGCAUCAACGAAUCUCAUCUUCACCCUCGUGGCAUUCUACUAUAUUGACAGAGUAGGACGGAGACGCAUCUUGCUGUACUCCAUCCCUGUCAUGGUCUUGGGCCUCACUGCAUGUGCGGCUGCGUUCGGUUUCCUGGAUUUGCCUGCAGCUGCAUCACGCACGUCGAUUCCCCGGGCGGAAGACGUAGCCGUUGGAGUCGCAUGGCCGCAGGUCAUUCUGACGAGUACGGUUUUGUAUGUUGCAGGCUACGCAAUUGGGAUAGGUAACGUCCCAUGGCAGCAGUCGGAGCUCUUCCCACUCUCCGUGCGAGGUCAGGGUUCCGCACUUGCGACAGCUACGAAUUGGGGUUCAAACUUCCUUGUUGGCAUAACUUUCCUGCCAUCUAUGGACGUACUGACUCCUGUGGGUACCUUCGCGCUGUACGCCCUUGUAUGUACCGUCGCUUGGUUCGUCGUGUACAAGAUAUACCCGGAGACAGUGGGGUGUUCCUUGGAGGACGUAGCUGCGCUGCUGGAGACAGAUUGGGGGGUUGCCCAAAGUGUUAGACGGUUGAAAGAGGGGCGGCCAAAGGGGAAAGUGGCUUCACCGAGGGCGGGGCACGACGAGGAGCAAUAGUAGACGGAUUGAAGCUCAGCAUUCUUGUCACAGGAAUUGUCAGUGCCUCCAAAACGUGGUCUCCUCAUGGGUAUGUGAUUGAUGUAGCCAGGCGGACCCCGGGUUGCCUCUUUUGGUCGCUGGGAUGAGAGCGAGCUUGAGCCGCUUUGUGGGAAUGAUCAGGUCCACGCCCUCAAUGCAAGUGCGCUGAAGGACGAUGUACCUGUGAAUAGAUUGGUAUGCUUGAAGUGCCUGCCCUAGGGAAGCUUGCAAUGCUCGCCGAGUGUCAGUCAGUGUAUUUCAUACCGGAUCCCGGCGAGGCGUAGCUGUAUCCGCCUCCCUACACGUCCAACAAGGGAAAGGCUAGGGAUUGAAAGGGUUCAUAUACCGUUCCCCUCUCAAGGGACGGGACAUCUCAUUUCAG